CCAGUUUUAAAGGAAACUUUAUCUCGUUAAGUGAGAUUAAAAUGCAUCCUUUGUUGACGAGUCUAUGAUAAUAUUUAUAGGACGUACACGAUACAAUCCCAUUAUAUUGCAAUUUGUAACAUAAAACUGAAAUAUGCACAACAUAUGGGGGCACUGGGGCAUGUUCAGGAUUAAUCACGUUAAAAACCUAAUUAGCCCUUACGGCCUAAACGCUGUAAAAUGAAGUGUCGACAGAGUUAAUCCAGAGAUAUAUCAUGGAAUGUUGUUGUUGAAAAGUUGAAAAUGGUAGUGUUCUUAUUUGUGUGGCUUACAUUAAAAUACGUGGGUUGGUAGUAAUGAUGUGGUCGUUCACGAAUUCAUUCCAUGAUAACUUGUUUUUAUUCGUUUUCCAAUGCCUAAAAUAUUGCAUGCUCACAUACACUUUAUCUUCUUCUUAAAAAUGUAUGUGGUUAUUAUUAAUGUUAUAUUGCACUGAGAGGAGGAUUACUCUGCUCGUACCUAAAGAAAUUCUUAGGGUCUUACUUAGCUUUAACAACCAUCAAUCUCUUUAAGUUUCCCAAAAAAAUACUUUGAUCCAUAGAUCUCAUAUUUUGCAACACUAUUCGUCUCACCACUUGAAUUGCCUCCAACACUUUCAGCCACGUUGUAAAGUUCUCUCAUCAAACCGAGAUUAAUUAUCUUCAUUCCAUAUUGCAUAGUACUGAACCUUGAACAAGUUUCCUUUCCGGUGAGGAAACGCUGUGGCGGCCGCUGGAAUCUCGUCCAUCACUCCGCCGUAAGGGUUCCAGUACAUCCAGACUGUUGAAUUUCAACUUUUGUUUUUUGAAUUUCAACAUUGUUCUCCAAAUUUUCUCGAUUCCUUGUUUAGGAUCGGUUUCUUGAGGAAAAAGCUAUUGUAAAUAGUGUAGAUAUUCCAAAAUCUGAAACAAUUGAGCUUAAGUUGGUAACUAUAUUUUUCUUCUAAAAAUAGUACUGACGAAUUCGUUAAUUUCAAAUUUUAUAUCAAUUAAGUUAGAAUUUUAGUUAAACUAUCAGCAUUAAAAUUCAACUGUAUUACAUUUUUAUUCAUGGAGAAAUUUAGAAAUAAAUAUUUUCUAUCCAAUUUUGAUGAGAAACAAAUUAAUCAAAAAAAAAUAUUUUCUAUUUAUUCAAGUUCUGAAAUAUAAAAAAUUGUCCAGUUCUUUUAUUCCUCACGUGGACUCACCUGUCUGAACCUUGAAAUUACAUUUUCUUUUCCCCAAAUUUACCAACAUUAGAUAUUUAAAUAAUCUUUCUUUUUGUUUAAAACAAUAUUCGAAUAAACAUUACAGCUUCCAAGCACACGAUCACAAGGAAGUAAAUGGGCUUCCCACUCUUUUUCAAAAUAACCGCCAACAACACCUUAUAUACACAACCUCUCUUGCCUUCUCUCUCACGUAACCGCAAAACUCCGCAAUGGCGUCUUCUCUCUUCAUCUUCUUCCUCACUUUCCUCUCAAACUUCCUUCCUCUCUCUGUUCUCUCAGCCACAGUACUCGAAGAUCUCGCCACCCUCACUCCACCUCCCGACUUCACCACCACCAUCACCACAAACUGCCUCCAUAAUCCUCUGCUCCGUUACUGCACCAACACUUCUUCUUCUUCUCCGAUGAACAUCACUGAGAUCUUCCGCUCCACGAUCGUCGCAAGCCACCUCUGCAACGAGUCCAAGAACCCUAACUGCAUCGACUCCUUCCCCAAGAUCAGAAUCCACGGCCGUCCUAAAACCGCCGCGCUCUACCUCUCUUUCGACUUCUUCUGGAAGUACUGCCCUCUAACCGUCGUCGAGAUCCAGCUCGUGAAUAACUCUCUCAAGAGUGAGUUUCCGACAAACGUUCUCUCUUGCGCUCAGAUUCGCACUCUUGACCUGAGUUACAACCAGUUAACCGGUUCUGUUCCGGUUCAGAAUCUCUCCCGGUUAACGAACUUGACCCAUUUGAAUCUCUCUUAUAACCGGUUUUCGGAGGAUAAGAUCUUAAAUUCCGAGUUCUUUAACCGGUUUAACGCCUCGAGUUUCAUACACUCCGGUUUACUUCCAGAUGUGAAGCGUUACAAGAUGAGAGUCUUGGUCUUGUUGGUUGUGUUUCCCGUAGUGGUGAUUCUUCUCUGUUGUUGCUUGGGAUGGUUAUGUCUCAAAAGACCUGAUUACUUACCGAGAACGUGCAGGAGGAGAAGCCACAAGUUCACAUCCGCGAUGCUCGAUGCAGCGACCGAUGAGUUUUCGGAUCAGAGACUCGUGAGCAAGAGGAAGGGAGUGGAUAUCUACAGGGGAACGUUGAGAGACGGGAGAGAGGCAAAGAUCGAGGUGUAUACAGAGAAGGUUUCGAAAGAGAAGAGGCGCGAGUUUGAAGAGGAAUGCGAGGCGGUUUUGAAGCUAAGACAUAAGAAUUUGGUUAAGGUUUUGGGUUGGUGUAAUAGCAGAAACUUGAGAGCUUUGGUUACUGAAUGGACUGAUGGAGAAAACGUUGAGACUUGGCUAAAUUCUUCAUUGGCUUCCUCGUGGAGAAGGAGGUUAAGAGUGGUUAUGGGAGUUGUGGAAGGUGUUUUGUAUCUGUGGGAACAAUGGCCUGAGGUUACAUUUGAUCUGAACACAAGAAGUGUUUUGUUGUCUGGUGAUGAUCAAGAACCAUUGAUUUCUCAGUUCAAGAUUGGAGAUGGAAACAACUCAUCAACAAAUAUAUUCAACUUUGGAUUGUUUCUUUUGGAGAUGAUUACAAAUCUAAAACCUAAUGAGGAACAAGAAGAUUCGGAAAUGAGGUAUCUUGAGUAUAUAAGAGUUCAUUGUCCGGGUAAUGUAGAGAGGGUGGUUGAUGAGAAGAUGAAGAUUGAAGAUAGAACAUUGGAGAAAGUUAAGGAAGCGAUUACACUUGGACUUAUGUGUACUGACGGAACACCGUUGAAGCAACCAAGCUACACGCAGAUUUAUGACAUGGUGGUUUCUUUGUAUGAGUCUAGCUCAAGGCAUCAUUAAGAAGAUAGUGUAAUUAGGUUAGUGUUAUUUAAGAAUUUAAGCUUCACCACUCUUUUGUUUUCAUUUUAGUUUUUAUGGUUUUGUUAGGAUUCUAAAACAUAUUUGGAUUUCUUUUUUUUUUGUGCAACCAUCUAAUAUGAAGUCUUGGAGAGCUUAAACGAGUACAACCGGAAGGAAGGAAACUUAACGCCGAAAAAAAUUAACAAAGACCAUUACAAUGAAACAAAAGAUAAAUGACGUUGAAACACCCAAAUGAAAGGGUUUCAAAACAUAUUUGGAUUUCUAAAUCGUUUUAAUCUUUGAUUGAUGAGAGAAUUUGCAAAAAAAAAAAAAA